AUGGCGGCUUCGGGGGAAAGCGGGGCUUCGGGUGGCGGCGGCAGCACGGAGGAAGCAUUUAUGACCUUCUACAGUGAGGUGAACACACCACGAGUACUAGUGGUCCCGGGACAACCCCCCUCGGGCCUGCUUUCCCGCUGGGCGGAGGCAUUGAUUUUUUUUCAGGUUCUUCAGAUUGAUCCUGAAGUAACAGAUGAAGAAAUAAAAAAGAGGUUUCGGCAGUUAUCAAUCUUGGUGCAUCCUGACAAAAAUCAAGAUGAUGCUGACAGAGCACAAAAGGCUUUUGAAGCCGUGGACAAAGCUUACAAGUUGCUACUGGAUCAGGAACAAAAGAAGAGGGCCCUGGAUGUAAUUCAGGCAGGAAAAGAAUACGUGGAACACACUGUGAAAGAGCGGAAAAAACAAUUAAAGAAGGAGGGAAAACCUACAAACGUGGAGGAGGAUGACCCUGAGCUGUUCAAACAGGCAGUAUACAAACAGACCAUGAAACUCUUUGCUGAGCUGGAAAUUAAAAGGAAAGAGAGAGAAGCCAAAGAGAUGCACGAAAGGUACACAUCUGAAAGUCGAGAUGGUCGGGUAGACAGCUGGAGAAACUUCCAAGCAAAUACAAAGGGGAAGAAAGAGAAGAAAAAUCGGACCUUCCUGAGACCACCAAAAGUAAAAAUGGAGCAGCGCGAAUGA